CAUGCGGCAAAUUUUACUUCUGCACCCAGGGAAACCAGGUGAUCAGCUGAUCACACACUGGCCAAGUUCUGGAGGUUUUAACAAGUUACAGGAACAACACCAGCGAGGUCUGACAUCAUGGUACUUCAAGGGAAGGUGGCACUGAUAACCGGGGCAGCUCAGGGCCUCGGGAAAGCCUUCUCCCAGGCCCUGCUAAGGCGAGGAGCUCGGGUGGUGCUGUUGGACAUGAAGCAUGUUGAAGGACAGCAGACUGGACAGGAGAUGGCUGACAAGUUUGGACCUGAGAACUCCACAUUCAUCCAGUGUGAUGUGACGGCUAAGGAACAACUGGACAGUGCCUUUAACAAAGCCAGCUCCCAGUUCGGAGGUCUGGAUCUGGUGGUGAACAAUGCUGGCAUCCUGGAUGAGGUCCAGUGGGAGAGGUGCUUGGCAGUGAACUUGGAGGCUGUUAUCAGAGGGACCUAUAACGGACUGAACCACAUGAGCACCCAAAACGGGGGACGAGGGGGUCACAUCAUCAAUGUUGCCUCUAUAGCAGGAUUACUGAGUUCCAUCCCAGCAGCCCCAGUGUACACAACCUCCAAACACGGUGUGGUCGCCUUAUCCAGAUGUAUGGGGCAUGCGAUGCACUACAAACGACAUGGUGUUAGGGUCAACGCCCUCUGCCCGUCCUUCACAGACACUGACAUCAUCCAUGUGACAGAAGACUCCAUGGGGAAGGAUUUUUGGAUGGUACCAAAAACUGUUCAGAAGCUGGGAGGUCUUCUUCCGGUAUCUACUGUAGUGGAGGGGUUUCUCCAGCUGGUUGAGGAUGACACCCAGCUGACUGGUGCAGUGAUGAGGGUGACUCUGGCUAAGGGCAUUGAUUAUAAACAGUACAGAGAAGAGUGAUGAAAACACUUUUUGUAGGCCUAUGAAAAAAAUGUUGUGUAUCCAGUUAAUGUUGCGGUCCGCAAAAAAAGGCUGUAGUACGUUUUUGCAGGGUAGGUCGGUAAAAGGAAAAACAACAAUUUUGUAUUUCUGUCAUUUUUUAUUAUUCCAGAAGUUAAUUAUUGUUCAAAAGUACUUUCUAAGAAAUGUGAUUGUCAGUUACUUUUCCCACCAUAUUAUGUUAGGGCUAACAGGAUCACAGACAUCCUGUCAAUAGUGCCAAAAUUAUUCCUAUCUACAGGAACAUCCUGUCAAAAGGCCAAAAUAUAUUCUUGUUGACAGGAAUGUCCUAUCAAGCUAUCAAGAUUCUGUCUAUAGUACACAAAACAAUUCUUGUUAACGACUUCAGCAUCCCAGGCGAGUGUAUCAGGUUUUUAAAAAUCAACUAAAAGAAAAUGUCUUCCAGUAAAUAAAUUUUGACAAAAGACUUAAACAAUUGAUCAUGAUAAUGUUCAGAUGUUAUUGUCAUUGAUACGUGCAUAGAAAAUUCCAUAAUGUGAAACGGAUUUGUGUAUGUGAACACAAAUAAACAAAUAAUACAUGCAGGCCAGUGAUAAGCCACCUUUGAUCUGAA